AUGAGAAAGGUAGAUGGCGAACUACAAAACCUCACUCUUGUUCACGUGUUCGACAAAAGCAACCAGGACAGCUUGUAUGUGAUAGCAGUAAUAGAUGACGUCAUUUUCCAGUUAAAGCGCGCAAUGCCAGAACUGAAAUCUGUCAACUUUAGACAAGAUAAUGCCGCCUGCUAUCAUAGCUCAGCCACCGUAAUUGGAGAUAUCAAUAACAAAGUUAGUCUUUUUACAAAUACUAUAAUAGACAUAUUAGAUAAAACAAUACCUGUAACCACGAUACGUACCCAUGCGUCUGACAAGCCAUGGAUGACGGCUUAUAUCAAAAAAGAGAUUAAAGCGAGGCAAAAAGCCUAUACUACUGGGAACAUGACCAAAUAUAGACAAUUGGCUGAUAAGAUCAUAACACUUAUCAAGAAAGCUAAAGCAGAAUUUUAUUCAUCUAAGGUCAAAAGCAAACGCAAACACGAUGCAGCAAAAUGGCAUAGAACGAUAUCCCAGUUAGCUGGCUUUGAAGAUGACAAUCUAAACAACAACUUAAUCUCAGACAGCACUCCCGAUACAGUGGAAAUACUGCAGAAUAUAUUUACUAAACCAUGGUCAAAACUUCCUGAAACCAUAAUCCCUAGUCUUGAAGACGUAGUAGCGUCAUCACUGAGGCAAGAAAAUCCUCCUACUCCCUCAAUUGGACAGGUUAAGACUGCCUUGAAACAACUAAACUCUAAAAAAGCCACCGGGUCCGAUGGGAUUCCAGCAUGGGUGCUUAAACGAUACUGUGAAGAACUAGCGCCCAUCGUUCAUGACAUUAUUUGCGCCAGUAUAAAAGAAUGUGAAUAUUCAACUGCGUAUAAACACGCCUUAGUUAUCCCAGUUCCGAAGGUCAAUCCACCAAGAGAUAUCGAGAAUGACUUUCGCCAGACAUCCAUUCUUCCCCAAAUGGCUAAAGUGCUGGAAAAGCUGCAGCUCAAACUGAACCUUCCCAGUUCACGUAUAAAUGAUAAUCAGCAUGCCUUUACAAGCAAACGAUCAACCGUGUCCGCACUCACCAACAUCUCGCAGAACUGGUUUAAUGUGACCGACAAUACUCAUAGCGCCAAAAAUGGAGUUCAUGCACUAUUCAUAGAUUUUCGCAAAGCGUUUGACCUUGUUGACCACGGAAUUCUACUUCGUAAGCUCGCAGAAAUGUAUGUAACCAAAGCCUUUUGGCUAUGGACGCGUAGUUUUCUGGAAGAUAGAAGACAACAGGUCAAACUAGCAGGGACCCUAUCAUCGGUCAAACCUUGUCCUGCAGGAGUCCCACAAGGUUCUGUGAUGUCCCACGCUCUUUUUAAUAUUCACAUUAACGAUAUUGAGAACUCAAUCCCAGAUGGAUUAUCCAUAAACAUAUGCAAAUACGCGGAUGAUUGUACACAGGACGAAGUGGUGUCACAAAGUUCAUCCAGCCAUAUGCAGGAGGCCCUUGAAGCAGUACAAGAAUGGUCUAAUAGGAACAAAAUGACGAUAAAUUCGAAGAAAACAAAAGAUAUGUGGAUAUGUUUUAACACAGCAAUACCGGCACCAGAACCAUUGGUCAUUGGAAACGAGGUAGUGGAAAGAGUAAAUUCUCAUAAACUGUUGGGUGUCUGGCAUCAAAAUAAUUUGAAAUGGAACUGUCAUGUUAAGAACAUUGUAAAGAAAGCAAAUAAACGAAUGUUUAGUCUGAGAGAAUGCCGUAGGGCGAAUCUUCCUCCUGAGGUCGGUAUUACAUGUUAUGAAUCCAAGAUUAGACCUGUUUUAGAAUAUGCAGCUCCGAUAUGGGGUGGUUUACCACAAUAUCUCAUUGAUGAAAUAGAGAGCAUUCAAAACAGAUGCAUCAAAAUCCUCGGCACAUCUCGGUGCAACUUUGAAAUGCUAGAACAAAGAAGGGCACACCUAACUGUUUAG